AUAUUUAAACCCUCACCUCAGGCUUCUCAUAGAAAGCCACAAAACACUCAUUUCCUUCACAAACAUGGCAACCAUUCAACCCACACACAACAAAGUUUUCUUCUUCAACUAUCUGCAAUCUCUUUCCCAAACCCCUCGUAGGCUUAGAAAGAGAAUGCUAGCAACAUGGACCCCAGACCAAGAGCUUAACCAUGUGAGGCUGAGGUCUGGUGCUGAUAUGAAGAGGAAACUUAGGUGGUAUGAAUUAGUAGCUCUUGGUGUAGGUGGAAUGCUUGGUGCUGGUGUUUUUGUCACCACUGGCCAUGUAGCCCGCAAUUACUCUGGCCCUUCAGUCUUCAUAUCCUAUAUCAUUGCUGGUAUAUCAGCACUUCUCUCUUCUUUGUGUUACACUGAAUUUUCAGUCCAGAUUCCUGUUGCUGGCGGUGCCUUCAGUUACCUGAGAGUGACUUUUGGAGAAUUUGUGGGCUAUUUUGCUGGAGCAAACAUACUAUUGGAGUACGUAUUGUCAAACGCCGCGGUCGCAAGAAGUUUUACGGAGUACUUAGCCGCAGCCCUUGGAGUAAGUGAUCCCGACUCCUGGAGAGUGGGAGUUCCUGGAUUGCUAGAAGGUUGGAACAAGUUGGAUUUCACAGCUGUUGCUCUUGUUCUUCUUCUCACUCUCUGCCUAUGCCAUAGUACAAAGGAAAGCUCAAUCCUGAACCUUAUUAUGACAAUCUUUCAUGUUGUUUUCUUUGGAUUUAUCAUAAUCGUCGGUUUCUGCAAUGGGAGUGUGGAUAACUUGGUGAAGCCAGGAGGGCUAGCUCCUAAUGGUGUCAGAGGUAUUCUUGAUGGAGCAGCUAUAGUUUACUUUAGCUACAUAGGCUAUGACUCAGUUUCAACCUUGGCUGAAGAGAUCCAAAACCCUCCUGUAAGCCUUCCAGUGGGGAUCGUCGGUUCUGUUCUCAUUGUCUCAGCACUUUACUGCCUCAUGGCCUUGGCUUUGUGCGUGAUGGUUCCUUACAAUCAGAUAGAUGAUAAGGCAUCAUAUUCAAUCGCUUUCCAAAAAAUUGGUUGGAAGUGGGCGGGGAAUGUUGUUGGGGCAGGAGCAAGCUUGGGGAUAGUAGCUUCUCUCUUGGUUGCCAUGUUAGGCCAAGCCAGGUACCUCUGUGUUAUAGGAAGGGCGAGGCUAGUACCAUCCUGGUUAUCUAAGGUGCAUCCUUCAACAGGAACCCCAUUGAAUGCCACACUCUUUUUGGGGCUUUGCACAGCAUCAAUAGCACUCUUCACAGACCUGAAAAUAGUGCUUGAAAUGAUCAACAUCGGCACACUGUUGGUGUUCUACCUGGUGGCCAAUGCUCUCAUCUAUCGAAAAUAUGUGAUAAGAAGCAAAAACCCACCUUUCCGUACACUGUCCUUCCUCUUCCUCCUCACAGCAAGUGCAAUUGCCUUCUCAAUAUCAUGGAAACUGAAACAGCAAAGGUGGGGUUUGCCUCUGUUUGGUGGAAUCAUGAUCACCAUCACAGCUUUCUUCCAGUACAUGGUCCCUUGCCUUCGUCAGCCUAGUGAGUGGUCGGUGCCAUUCAUGCCUUGGCCGGCUGCCAUUUCCAUUUUCCUUAAUGUCUUCCUCAUGACCACCCUAAAGAUGCUCGCAUUCCAAAGGUUUGCUAUAUGGGCAUGUUUGAUAACUGUAUUCUAUGUGUUAUAUGGAGUUCACUCAACUUAUGAAGCAGAAGAGAUGGAGAUGACGGACAUGGCUGUCAAUGAUGUGCCAAACCCAUCUUUCCAACUAGCUAAGCUAGAUGUAAUUUAACAAGUUCAAUCUAAGGAAAAUCAAGCUUUUCUUCUCA